UGUCGACCCGCACGCCGCCUGCACACCGUCCGCGUCUAGAGCCGCACACAUGGCGGGCUGCGAGCUGGACUCCCUGGAGGAAACCCUGGAGACGCACCUUCCAGAGGCCGAGCUGAGAGAAGUGAAACGCAUUUUAUUCGGAAAGCAAACCGAGAAGCUGGACCUGCCAGCAUGUGCUGUGGACGCUGCCUCAGAGCGAAACUUCGAGCUGAAGGGCUACAAGUUCGAAGCCACCCAGGAACAGCUGAGGCCUCCCAGGAAGGUCCGGGUGGGACUCGUGCAGAACCACAUUGUUCUGCCAACCGAUGCUCCAGUCCUGGACCAGAUCAACGCCAUGCACAGCCGGAUUGGUGAAAUAGUUGAGGUAGCAGCAAUGUGCGGCGUGAACAUCGUCUGCUUUCAAGAGACCUGGACCAUGCCCUUUGCUUUCUGCACUCGUGAGAAAGAACCCUGGACAGAGUUUGCAGAGUCUGCCGAGGAUGGAAACACCACACACUUCUGCCAGGAGCUGGCCAGGAAGUACAACAUGGUGGUGGUCUCUCCCAUUCUGGAGCGAGAUGAGCAGCACAGCACUCUGUGGAACACAGCCGUGGUCAUCUCCAACUCAGGAAACAUGCUGGGAAAGACCAGGAAGAACCAUAUUCCCAGGAUUGGAGACUUCAAUGAGUCCACAUAUUACAUGGAGGGCAACACCGGCCACACAGUGUUCCAGACCCAGUUUGGGAGGAUCGCUGUGAAUAUCUGUUACGGGCGUCAUCACCCUCUCAACUGGUUCAUGUACAGCAUGAACGGAGCCGAGAUCAUCUUCAACCCCUCGGCUACUGUGGGAGCGCUCAGUGAACCUAUGUGGGCUAUUGAGGCCAGGAAUGCAGCAAUAGCAAACCACUGCUUCACCUGUGCAAUCAACCGUGUCGGGACGGAACAUUUCAAAAGUGAGUUUACAUCUGGUGAUGGAAAAAAAGCUCACCAUGACUUUGGACAUUUCUAUGGGUCAAGUUACGUGGCCGCCCCUGACGGGAGCCGCUCCCCCGGCCUCUCUCGGACCCGGGACGGGCUGCUAGUGGUGGAACUGGAUCUCAACAUGAACCGACAAAUCAGUGACAAAUGGAGUUUUAAGAUGACUGGGCGGUAUGCUGAGUAUGCAGAGGAACUGUCCGCAGCCGUCAGACAUGACUUCAAACCCAACAUAGUGAAGGAGUAGACAGCAGCUCACAUGCAAAUUGUACAUUUCCUCUAGCCAUUUCAGUAUUGAUCAGUUAUUAGUUCAGUUAUUAUCAAAUUUUCAUUUGUUUGAACAUACUGAAUUGAACUGACAUGGGUGUGUUCAAAAUCCUUUAUUGACUACAGCACAUAAUGCAAUUGCAUGUU